AGAAUAUGAACUCAUUUGAUAUUUCAUCAUUUCAUCAGCCAUUUUAUGAUUGCGGUUUUGUAUAAAUGUAUAUUGCAAUGACAGUUGUCACUAUAUUGUGAAGCUGUAGGGCUGCUAACAUAUCAAAUUAGUAGUAGUCCUUUUUCUGUUUUUCAAAAAUAAUAAAAAUAAAUCAAACCUUUUUUAAAGAUCCGCAUUAGCAACAUGCUUACAUAAAUGCCGACAGACGUAUUAAUAAACCACAUUUUAUACACUUUGUAAAAAAGUCACAGAAUGACCUGUAAGUGGGAAAUAAAAGGGGGCAUAAAGUUAUUAAAAUAAUCACCUCCCUUCCCCCUGUUUUAAACUGAGUGGAAAUAUUUGCAACUAGAUUGAUCCUGUAUACGUCAAUAUUUACAUAAAGAAAAAAACUUCUUUUUUUUUUUCAAUAAUUUUCAACAGACUGAACAAACCACUUUGAGUCCAGUUGUUGUAGCGUAAGAAUAAUCUGAAUGAAGAAGCUAAGUAUGCACAAUAGUGACUCAGCGGAUCUGAACUGACCAGCUUCUCCUUUGGAUGAUGAGUCACCAACUUAUAACAGCAGUAUUGAAAAUGCACACUGUCUCUAAACUUGCUGAUUUGUCUGUCUCGCCUUCUGUUUGCAGUGCAGUUCUCGGUAGGAUGAUCAGUAAUCACGAAGAUGAUGUGAGUGACUUCCUACUUUCUCCUCCGCAGAGGAAAUCUUUACCACCAGUUCUCCUUUUGGUCAUUUAUGUGCAGGACAGCAGGAACCCUUCUUUAAAUAAAUGUCCAGAGGGGUGCCAGAGAACAAUAAGCAUUUUUUUAAGAGCAUUUGGGGAACUUUUUUUUUUUUUUUUUGUUGCAGGAGAGGCACAUGCUGUUCUUAGAUCUUUAUCUGUCACACAGAUAAAAACUUCGUUGCGGUUUUGUUCAAUUAUAAGUAUUAUAUCUUCUGUUUUUGUUUUGAAGGAGUUUGUUGCAGUGCGAGUCCAAGAUCCCCGCAUUCAGAACGAGGGUUCUUGGAAUUCAUACGUCGACUACAAAAUAUUCCUGCAUACCAACAGUAAAGCCUUCACGGCCAAGACGUCCUGCGUUCGGCGGCGCUACAGCGAGUUUGAGUGGCUCAGGAAGAAGCUGCAGAAGAAUGCAGGCUUGGUUCCAGUCCCGGAUCUUCCUGGAAAAUCCUUCUUCUCCUUCAACAAUGAGGACUUUCUGGAAAAGAGACGGCGAGGACUCCAAGUCUUCCUGGACAAAGUGGUGCACACCACCGUGUGUCUGUCGGACAGCCAGCUCCACCUCUUCCUGCAGACCCAGCUGCCGAUCGGUCACAUCCAGGACUGCGUUCAGGGACUGACGCCGUACUCCGUGACGGACGCCAUCCUCACCUACGCCUCGUCCAACCGGGGCCUGGCUCAGGCUCAGCAGGAGGACUCCAUCAGGGAGCCCGGUCUCACCGUCUCUUAUGAGUCCAUGGAAAGUCCGGCUCCUCACCUGCCUUCCCUGCAACUGAACGCAGCGCUCAACUCUAAACCAGUGGCCGGUGGAGAUCCAGACCCUCUGGAAGACAUAUUGGAGCUCUGUGAGCAGAAGCCAGAUGAAACGCAGCGCAGGGGAAACCCCUCGAUAAGGAUCUCCCAGAGGAGCGACCGGCUGGAGGCUGUUGUGGAGGAUGCCGGCUCCACGCACGCUUCCUUCUAUGUGGGGGAGAUCCUGGACGACUCGGGGAGCCUCAGCCCCUCAGAGCACAGCUGCGUGAUUCAGACUCCCGUGGAUGUGCACUCACCCAUGGAGGCGGGCUUUGAAGACAGCUGCGAAGGGGACGGCGUCUUCGAAGACAAAACCGAAGAAAGGAAAAACUCGGAGUCUGAAAUUAGUGCGGAUUCCGCGACGGACAAUAAUAACGUGGAAGUUGUGGAAAGCCUCUCCGAGACGCCUAACGGUCGCCUUUCAGAAAUCGAAACAGGCGGCAAACGAGGCGAUGAAUCAGAGGCGCCCCUUGAGUCAGAAGUUCAUGUGGAGAGUCGGAAUGUGAACGGCGAAUUAGAGGCCGAUCUCAGUGACUCACUCCGACAAAUCCACCAAGAGGACACUGAAAACGAGGACAGAGGCGAGAGCGACGAGGACAGAGGCGAGAGCGACGAGGACAGCCGCUCGCUGCUGUCUUCCAAUGAGAGCAUCAUCCGGUGCAGCGAGGAGGAGAGUCUGGGCGAGGAGAUGGACGACUCUGUGCAGGUGAAGUCAUCUCCGGACGAGGUCAAGGACCGGUCAGAGCUGCAGGGCUCCAGUGGGAACAUUUUGCACAUCAACAGAUUUAAGGAGAACAAAGCGGACGCUCAGGACUGGGAGGAUAAUGACCAGCAGUACACAACUGCAGAGCCUAAACCAGCUGCUUCUGACGGAGAUCUGACUGAAAACUGCGACUUUAGUAUCUUGGAGAACAGCUGUCAGUCUGGAGUAGAUGAAGGUGAAUUUGCAACACAGGAAGUUCCGGCCUUGAUACCUUUGGAGGGAUCAGAGGAGGCCGAGGAGGCGUAGGUACAUCAGUGGAGCUAAACUUACUCUAGGUGCUGCACCAUCACUGAGCCAGAACCAUGGGUCUUUAGUCUCUUCUGCCAAAGAAACAUUAACAAGGCACAAACAAAGAGAUAUUCUGUUACAUGAAACCUAAAUACACAGUGCCUUGCAAUAGGAUUUAUGCUCUUUAAACUUUUUCAUAUAUAUAUUUAUGUUUGCUGCAAACAGAAACUUCAGCAUAUUUCAUUGGGAUUAUGUUAUAGACCAGCACAAAAUAGCGUCACGUUUCACAAACACCUAAAAAGUGUUGUAUGCAUUUUUAUUCUGAACUUUAAUAGUCGUUUUAAAACUAUACAAUUUACAAUUAUGCACAACUUUGUGUUGGUCUACCACCUUAAAUUCCAAUAAAAUACAUUUAAGUUUGUAGUUGUGACAAAAGUACAAGGGGUAUGAAUACUUCUGUAAGGCAUAAAUCUUCUUCACAAUGUUUCAUCACAGUCAAGAUAGGGCAUAUUAAUAUAAGAUCAACAGAUUUAAGUUCUCUUCUCUUGUUGUUGCUGCAACUUUUAAAAAUAGCUGAUCAGAUAAAAAGAGCUAAAAAAACACGUUUUUCAUCAGUUUGAUCAAUCUGAUUCAUUUAUCUUGACCACCAGAGGGCACUAAAUGUACAGAGUUCACAAAAAGAUGCUGCUCAAUUCCUAUUAUUCGCCGUCAACAUCUGAAAUGAAUGAAGGAAAUACACUGGAAUAAUGAGAUAAAGUGUUUAAAAUAUGCUGGAUUGUUUUCCCAGAGCUUUUCUGCUGUUAGUGAUUUUUAUUUUGAAGUUCUACACAUGAAGGGGGCGUCGUUUUAAAUGGGUCUUUAUUUAGGUAUUUUUCAAAAACAACAAAGAUGUUAACCAAUAAAUAGACUUCACGUUCGUUGAACCGUCUGAAGAAGAGAACCUGUUCACGUUUGGCAGGAAUUGCUUAUUACGUUUGUUAUCAGGACCCAAAAAAAUUAUAAUUUAAACAUGGUUUUUGGAGAAAGAAAUAGAAAUAUUUGGAUUUUUUUUCCUUCCCUUAAUUAACCAAAAAAAAAAAAAACCCAGCUCCUCCUCACAUUUUAAAGCUGUAAAAUAUUUGCAGGGAGGCCAGAAAAAAAAGUCCUGGAUACUCUAACUUCAAAAAAGUAAAGUCCAGAAAAUUUGUAUUUUUAAAAAAACAUUUGGUGUCAUCCCAAUAACUCUGCCACAAGUAUUUUUUGUUAAAAACUAUUAAUGUAGUAAGAUUUAAUCCCCUCCUAAAUAAAUGCAGUCAAAUUAAAAAGGUUUAGGAGGUUGUUAGAGUGCAAUUUAUGCUGCGGAUCUUUUUCAGGGAUGCCGGUAAAUUUGUUUACGUCUGCAGCUCACCUGUGUUUACCCGAAUAGCCAUGUUCAGAUUACAUUUAAAAUCAUCUGCACUCCUCCAAUAACACUUAGGGGCACGUCACAUUUACUGGAUACUGGGCGUAAACGUGGGUUGCUGUAAUUUCCUCCCAGUUUUUUGUUUUUUUUUUAAUUUAAAAUGUUCAUAUAUGAUCCCUGAAUAUGUCAGUCUGAAGUCCAACUGCUCACAAACCUAUUGAUUUGAUCUGAGAUCUGUUUUCACACUACUUACUGCUUCUCAUUCCUGUGAUUUCUGCUGCAUUUUAAAGGGACCUGCAGGUGUUUUUUAUUUAAUUUGUUUUGAAGUAAAAUAAAAGUGAAUGUGGAUCUAAAAGGGUUAUUAACCACCGGAGUGACUUUAUUCAUGUACGAAUUCCAAGUUUAUUUCAAUAAAUAAGUUUCUUUCA